AUGAAGCACGCUGGGAAGAAGAGCACCCGAAAGAGAUCGGCUUUCAAGGCAUGCUCAGGAGGUAAUGCAGUGGUCAUUGCGCGUGCCAUGUCAAGGUAUCCCGCCUGUGUAAGGACUGGCGACGUCGCAGAUCCACACUGCCGCACCAAUACUCCAACACUGUUACCUAGAGCGACUACAAACGAUCACAUCCCUUUACCGAAAGCAAAAGCUCCAAAGACAAGGCGUGUUCAAUUCGAGUCCGACACGAACUUCGAAAGCAGUCGGCGCCGUGAAAAUUACCUGCGCAGCGCAAAGGCAUACGUACCGGGAAAACAUGCGGCGUCCUCAUCGAGCACUCUGAUCAAUAUUUCGAACAUACUCAACGACCUCUUCAACACUCGGCAGCUCAAGAUCAUUAGGGAGUUGGAUUGCCCUUGGAAUAUCGAGCUCGUCGACGCCAUCGCUUUGUCCAACCAUGAGGGCAUCGUCGAACUGCAUCCUCGGUGGCCCGAGAUCCGCGACAAGAUAUUGUGUAUACACGAAGGGAAAGAUCAAGUGCCGAAAAAGGCAUUUGUGAAAAGUCUGAGUACUGCGGAUUACCUACUCGUGAACUAUCAGUUGGUCGAGCUUGUGGAGAUUCUAGAAUGCUCGCAAAAGUACGAAGAAGCGUGGGAGAAACAACACCCGAGCGACGUAGGGUGUUUGUAG